CAACGAAAAAUAAGCCGAAUGUCCUAGCCAGCCGGUAGCAUCACUCCUUCUCACAAUCGAACGGUGCUCAGUUUGGCCAAGUGUGUCGCGAAAUAAACAUCUUCUCCUCAGUUGCUGUAUGACCGGACAGUCGAGCGGUCGCACCACAGCAACAACAGUUGAGAAGUCGGGGAAAAAGACAAUAUACAUCGAUUCAUGCGAAAAGACCUGCCGUAACUGCCGAUGAGUUUGCAACGAAUUUGUCGUGUAUGUCUGUUACAACCUGUACAAAUAUAAAAGUGAUAGUGAAAAUAUAGUUCAAAGAGUGAAAAUUUAUAUUUUUCAUGACAAAGUAGUCAAUACAUUCAAUCAGACAAAAUGGAUUACAAUUCCACGGGUACGUUUGGUGGACUAGAGAAUUGGUAUACAUUCUUAGUGGAUGAUCUGGCAGACAAACGGACAGAGGAACUACCAUUGCUUUAUAGUCCAAUGUGGCCCAUAUCGAUUCUGCUGCUGUAUUUUGGAGCAAUUUAUAUCUGGGUACCAAACUACAUGAAAAAUCGGAAACCUUUCGAGCUGAAGAACUUCAUGAUCGGCUACAACCUCUUCCAAGUGAUAGCAUGCUACUUAUUAAUUCGUCACUUCUUCAAACACGGCUGGACGUUUGACUAUCUAUAUUCAUGCAAAUUGCCGGAUUACUCCACCAAUGCGAGUGCUGUAGGGUUCAUGUAUGGAUCCUACUUCAACUAUGUGAUCAAGGCAAUCGAACUGAUUGAGACGGUUAUGUUCGCACUGAGGAAGAAACAGAGCCAGAUCAGUGUACUUCACGUUUAUCACCAUGCUUGCACAUUUUCCAUCGCGUGGAUAUUUGCAAAAUAUGUCGGAGGAAGUAUGUUGACAUACACGAUCAUUGUCAACUCGACGGUGCACAUGUUUAUGUAUUCCUAUUACCUGGUGGCGAUUUUCUCGAAACAAUUGCCUUUCAAGUUAACUGCCGUCAAGAAAUUCAUCACGGUGUUCCAAAUUGUUCAGCUGUUGAGCAUUUUGGUAAACGUUGGAUUCGCUAUGCGCAGUAGUUGCUCAAUCCCCAUGGUAUUGGUGCUGAUCUAUUUGCCUUAUAUGGUGGUGUUGCUGUCGAUGUUUUUCAACUUUUAUUUUAGUACCUACAGGAAGGGUGGAAGAUGUUUAACCAGUGGUAAACAAACUAGUCCUAGCAUUAUGCAAAAACACAAAGAGUUAUAAACUAGA